GCAACGCAGAAGGCGAGAGUUAAUGUUUACAAGGUAGCUGUAGAUUAGCAAAUGUUGAAAAAUGUUUCUCCUUAAGACACAGAUACCACAGUAAUACAAAAGAAGUGGCGUCCGCUAAUAUUAAGGAGUGCUGUGCACACCAGCAUUUAGUGCCCUGAUGGAGUGGGUGUUCAUCAUGAACAGGAUGGGCUCCCAGAGCAGUUCUCUGGCUCAGCGCCGGCGCAUGGCUCUGGGCGUCCUCAUCCUCCUGCUGGUGGACGUCAUCUGGGUGGCCUCCUCUGAGCUCACCUCGUACAUAUUCAAGCGCCAAGACUACAACAAGCCUUUUUUCAGUACCUUUGCCAAAACGUCCAUGUUCGUGCUCUACCUGAUGGGCUUCCUGGUGUGGAGGCCCUGGAGGCAGCAGUGUACCAGGAGGCUGCGAGGGAGACACGCCGCUUUUUUUGCAGAUGCUGAGGCGUAUUUCACCGCAUGCACUACAGACAAUAGCCUCAACAACUCUUUGAGCGAACCCCUCUAUGUCCCUGUGAAGUUUCAGGAUGUACCCUCCGAACAGUCCCACAAUGCCAAUGGUGACUGCGACACGUCCACAAAAAAGCACCGGGUUCGAUUCAGCAACAUCAUGGAGGUGCGUCAGCUGCCAUCCACACAGGCUCUGGAGGCCAAGCUGUCCCGCAUGGCCUACCCAGUGGCCAAGGACCAUGAGUCCAUGCUGAACACGGUCGGCAAGCUGACCGUGACUGAGGUGGCCAAGAUCAGCUUCUUCUUCUGUUUUGUGUGGUUCCUGGCUAAUCUCUCCUACCAGGAAGCGCUAUCUGACACGCAGGUGGCCAUCGUGAACAUUCUGUCCUCGACUUCAGGUCUCUUCACUCUCAUUCUGGCUGCCAUAUUUCCUAGCAACAGCAGUGACCGGUUCACACUGUCCAAGCUUCUAGCUGUGGUGCUGAGCAUGGGGGGCGUGGCUCUCGUGAGUCUAUCCAGCUCGGACAGUCCUGAUGAUAAAGGCACUUUAGGGUCUGUCUGGGCGCUGGCCGGAGCUGUCCUCUAUGCUGUCUACAUUGUGAUGAUCAAAAGGAAGGUUGAGAGGGAAGACAAGCUGGACAUCCCCAUGUUCUUCGGAUUCGUGGGCCUCUUCAACCUCCUGCUUCUCUGGCCCGGUUUCUUCCUGCUGCAUUACACCGGGUUUGAAGCCUUUGAGCUGCCCAGCAAGCUGGUGUGGAUGUAUAUCAUCAUCAACGGCCUCAUCGGAACAGUGCUGUCUGAGUUCCUAUGGCUGUGGUGUCCUUCUUGCAGGGGCUGCUUCCUCACCUCGUCGUUGAUCGGCACCCUCGCUCUGAGCCUCACCAUCCCCCUCUCCAUCAUAGCAGACAUGUGCAUGCAGAAGGUGCGUUUCUCCUGGCUGUUUUUUGCUGGGGCCAUCCCCGUGUUCCUGUCCUUCUUCAUCGCCGCGCUCCUCAGCCACUACAACAACUGGGACCCGGUGAUGGUGGGGCUCCGCAGGGUGUUCGCCUUCAUCUGCCGGAAGCACCGCAUUCAAAGAUCGCCGGAGGACAGCGAGCAGUGCGAGAGCCUCAUUCCCAUGCACUCCGUCUCCCAGGAUGAUGGAGACAGCUGCUGCUCAUGAGCCAUCGGCAGGUUGCCAGAUGCGACAACAGCACAUGGCAACAUGACAAUCCGGAGCAGCCGGAAAGGAACCCCAAACUCCCAGUGCCUCUUUUUCUAUUUAUUUAUAACCUAAUCCACGGCGCCGAGAUGAUGGAUCCAUCCCUUUAAAGAAGAUAUGCUCUGUUGCUUGAGCUCGUCAAUAUGCUGGAUGUAAUCUUUUCUGUUGUUGUUGUUUUGUUUUUUUUUAAUUUUAUCAAAGGUACUUGGGUCGGAGUGGUCCAAACCCUCGUUGUAGUUUUGAAUGUACAGGAUGAGGCAAUGGGCAUACCACCUGAAACGCUACACAUCUAAAAACAAAAAACACUACAGCCCAUAUGAGUAUAUGCUUUGCUUUUUGGGGGGAUGGGGUGUAGAGGGGCAUCCUGUUGGUCUUGAUGCUGGUAAUAAAUACAUGCCAUGGGCAAACGGUGUGUAGAGAGAUGACACAAACUGAUGUUAAAACACAACCAGAGGAGCACUCGAUUUGUGCUUCUCGACCGUAAAUGGUACAUAAGGCUGCACAUAGUGUUAGACUGAACAUGAAUAAAGUGUUAUGUUAUUGUGGAAGUUUAAAAAAUGCAAUCAUUAACAACUGUGAGUUCUCAAAAGGACCAUUCCUCCAAGCUGAACUGGUAGUACUGGAUGUUGAACAAUAUACGUAUAUAUACAGUGAAAGACUGAAAAUUGGAUUUUCAGUGCAUUUUCCACCCUAUAGGCAAAAAUGUGUUCCACCCGAGUGAAAUCAUCUUUGGUCUCUAGUAGAGUGUAUCAUUGACAGAUCAUCUUAAUGGUUUUAAAAGAUGUUGUUUUAGCACAUGAUUUUGUCUCCCUCAAUUGGAUGAUUUCAGACUGAUUGCAAACACAUUGGUAUUUGUUUUGUGUGUCCAACCAAACACUAUUCCUGGGUUAAAUGCUCGGUAAAGCUUGUUGACAUUUUCCCACAGCAGUGUCGAAGGUUAGGUUUUUCUCAGAAGAGCCCUGUUAUUUACAGAAAGUUUUAUUUAUUCCCUGAGUUUUGAUGAUUUAAUAACCAUUUGCUCAUUUUAAUAUUGUGCACUUAUGCUCUUGCAUCUAGUGGGGAAGCAAAGUCUAUUCAAGCAGGAUAAGUUGGUUGUCAGAUAGCUUUGUAGCAGUCAGGCAGCAUUCCUGUCUUCCAGUUUUCAAGGUCUUCAGAAUCGAAACUCUGGACAAAUAAACUGUGUUAAGUGGUUAGAAACUACAGAAUGUCAAUAUCAGAUGAGUGUUUGUCAAUCAUACUUGGUAACUAAAACUUUUGAUUUCUUGUGAAAUAUCCCUUCCAGUUGCCAUACAUGGGGAUUCGCUUUUAUCUUAUUUCCUGUAGAUGUCAAGCUGUCAGAUGUUAGUGAGUCAGCAUUAUUGUAUCGUUGGUGUGUAAGCAGAAGAUUUCUGGAAUUUUUGAGGGGGCCCUGGUUAACACAAGAUACUGGUAACAUGUAUCACUGAACAAAGUUUGCCAUUACAUCAAAAAAAAAUCCACAGUGGUUGGUUACCUCUUGCAAGUCAAGAAGAGGAAAAAAGGACAUUAUAUAUCAUUUUCCAUGUGUUAAUGUUUCAAAAUGUAUGGUCACAGCAAAAUCCCACUAAGGUUGGUAAUUGCAAGAUACUGGAAACAAACGUAUAAAGGGUAUAAGUAUGCAGGCAUAUAUACAUACACACAAAAUGUUCAGUCUGGUUUGAACUAUGUUUGAAACUUUUUUCCCAAUGGUGCUGUUUUUGUAUGAGGUAUAAAGAAGGAUGACUUUGAAGUCUCAGGUACUUUGGGGGAGAACUGAAUGCUUUUUUAAUUUUAUUUUAAUGCUUUAUUUUGAUCAGAGCCUUUCUUUUAUUUUGUAUAUUUUUAACAUACAAAGGAUCUCCUUUUAAAGACAAGUAUGGCUUUAUGAAAGCUUUUUUUUGCUGUUUUAUAAUCAUAGCCACUAUAAAUGAGAGCAGAUCAUAUUUCAUGUCUUUCUUCUCCGUGUAUGUUGCAUUGUGUAAAGUUGUCCCUCUCUUUGUGUUCUUCCUGCUUUUGUACAAGGAAAAGUUGAAAAUAAUAUGCCUUUUGUGUUUUAUCCUGUCAGUCCCCCAUUUCA